UAUACAUACGUACACAAGGUGCAUACAUACAUGACAUACAUACUAUUCACACACCACAUAUGAUCAGCCCGGUGGCCUCCAGUGAUACCACACUCCGAAGUUGCCGCUGUGAGUCGUUCUCAAACAGCCGAACGGUAGAGCUGCCAUCUCCUACUGGAACGAGAAACUUCGUCGAUACGGAAAAAUAUAAAAAAACAAACAAAUUACCAACAGCAAAAAUCAUGUCUUUGGACGAGAGAUUUAACGCCGCCGCGAAGGAAGUGACGGAAUUGGCUACCCAGCCCUCCGAUGCUGAACUUUUGGAAAUUUAUGCACUUUACAAACAAGCGACAGUCGGUGACGUAGACACAGCGCGUCCCGGCAUGUUGGAUUUCCGUGGUAAAGCUAAGUGGGACGCAUGGAACGGAAAAAAAGGGAUAAGCCAAGAUGAUGCCAAGGAAAAGUACAUCGCCAAGGUCGCUGAACUCGUAAAUUCCAUCGGGAAAAAAUAAACAAUUCUACAAAAUAUAUAUAAUUAUAUAUUUAUAUUAUUUCAUAGGUCGUUUUGUUUUUCAAUUAGAUUAUUACCGGGUGUCUGAUAUCCUAAUUAAUUAUGGUUGUACAAUUUUAUAUACCAUAUGUAUAGUAUAUAAAUUAUUUUUUUCCCUCUUCUUUUGAAAGUGAUGAAAACGCACGCACAAUUAUUGUGAUAAAAUAAAACAAGGAAUUUAUAACUGGAAUAUGAUUAAUAAAAAAUUGAUAUAAUUUUUUGGUACAGAA